CGAACGGAGGAGUGGCAGCUUUCAACCGCUUCUCCUCGAUACGCUCGAUAACAUGUCGCGGAGCGCGAGCACACCUGCGUAGCGUUCUUAUCGGGCUAUCGAAAGCGCGGCACUAUCAGGUAUGCUGCUAUCACAUGUGAACCUCAGCUCGUCCGGAAAGCAGCAUCAGAACGACACGAUGUCGGGCGCCGUGCGAGCCACACGGGAUGAAAUUAUCCUCGAAGACAUGGCCCGAGUUCGUGAAAAUGGAUCAGCGACGACUCCCAACGGAGAACCUAGGCCAAGCGGGGAAAACAUGGCGGUGCCACGACGUAGCAUGUUCUGGACUCAGCUCAUGGCCCUGAUAUGGCGAAACUACUUGCUCAAGAAAACGGAGAAGGCGAAGACCUUCUGGGAGGUGGUGAUGCCGCUGCUCAUGGUGGCCUCGUUAAUGAGCAUUCGGAGCGGACUGAAGCCGAGCUCGAAGCCGCCCCACUACACGCCCAUCGGGCACGUGCGGCUGGUGACGCCGUCGCACCUCUCCCAGCUCACCAACGAGAUCAUGGCGGCGCCAUCCACGCCGCAGACCAGGCGAUUCAUGCAAGACGUCAUCGGCUACCUGAACGCCAACACGUACACCAGCGGCUUCAACUACUCCAUGUACAACACCUCCAGGGACAUGGAGGAGGCAUUCCGGCAGAACUCGACGCGGUCUUUAGUGGGCGUGGUCUUUGAAGGUGACGACCUAACAAAGAACGGCUCCUAUCAGCUGCGCUUUCCUCUUCGACACCUACCGUCGCCAGAACUGAAGGACGUCGGCAUAGAGAUGUGUCGGGUCAAGCAUUUCGUGCAUUCAUCCGACCCGACACUGUGCCCUGCCGGCAGCUACUACUCGAGCGGAUUCAGCGUGCUCCAAGCGGCCAUCGACUACACGUUUAUCAAGCUGUGGACCAGGAGUGACGUGCGGCUGCCCGAAGUGGUGGUGAGGCUUCUGCCCAAGCCGGGCUACGUGGACCCGGGCACCACGUGGCGCACCCUGGUGCCGCUAUACCUCACAUUGGCGUUCUCCCCUUUCGUCUCCGUGCUCUGCGUCAACAUCGUACUCGAAAAGGAGCGCAAGAUCAAGGAAGGCAUGCUCAUGAUGGGCAUGAUGCCGUCCGCCUACUGGACCGCCUGGUCCGUCGUAGAAGCCAUUGUGGUGACCAACGUGGCGGCCAUUAUGACCUUCAUGGUGUACGUGCUGCACAUCCUGCCAAACACUGACAUCUUCAUCGUAUUCGUACUGUCCCUCCUCUACGGACUGACCAUAGUCACAUUCAGCUUCAUGGCGACGCCGUUCUUCAACAAGUCCAAGGUGGCCGGCUCCGUAGUGGGCCUGAUGAUGCUCUUCUUCAGCUUCUUCUACAUGCUCGCCGUGUUCCUCAGGGGUCGCGUGGCCGCGUGGGUGUUCUACGCGGUGGCGCUGCUCUCGCCUGCCGCCUUCACCCUGGGCAUCGAGAAGGUGAGCCAGAUGGACGUCCGAGGAGCCAUGCACUGGGCCGACGUCUUUGAAGACGACUUCUCCGUGGGAAGCGCCAUGAUCAUGCUCAGCGUGGACAUAUUCCUGUACGGAUUCCUCGCCUACUACUUCGACGCCAUUGUACCAGGCGAGUUCGGUCAACAGCGUAGCCCAUUCUUCAUCUUCAGCUGGCUCGGCUUUGGCGGGAACCGCAAGCCGACCGCGCCGGAUGAUCUGGUCAAGCCCGACAACAGCAUGCCUUCUCCCGACGUCGAGGACCGACCAGCAGAGCUACUCGGCAGGGAGGCCAUUAAAGUGCAGAACCUGCGCAAGGUGUUCGUCUCGUGGCGCAAGGAGCCCGUGGUGGCCGUGGACGGCGUCAGCCUGACCAUGCACGAGGGACAGAUCGCCGCCCUGCUGGGUCACAACGGCGCCGGCAAGAGCACUCUGCUCAACAUGCUGGUGGGCACCCUGAAGCCCUCGUCCGGCUCGGCGCGCAUCUACGACCUGCACACGGACAAGCCCGAGGACGUGGCCCAGAUCCGAUCCAUGCUGGGCGUCUGCCUCCGAGACAUCCUCUUUGACACGCUCACCGCGCGGCAGCACCUGCGCUUCUUCGCUCGCAUGAAGGGAGUGCCACGCAGCAGCAUUGACCUCGAGGUGAAGAACAUCUUGAUUGAGCUGGACCUAGCGGAGAAAGCUGACGUGCAAGCCAUCAAGCUGAGUGGAGGACAGAAGCGCAAGCUAUCAGUCGGCAUCGCCCUCGUCGGGGACCCAAAGAUCGUGUUCUUGGACGAGCCGAGCAGUGGCAUGGACCCGUACUCUAGGCGCCACCUGUGGAGUGAGCUCCAAAAGCGCAAGGAGGGCAAGGUCAUCGUGCUCACCACCCACUUUAUGGACGAGGCUGACAUCCUCGCAGACUGGAAGGCAAUUUUGUGCAAGGGCAAGCUGCGAUGUGCCGGAACGUCCCUUUUCCUCAAGAACCGGUUCGGAAUAGGCUAUCACCUCACCAUGGUGGUCGAUCAGGGCGCGGACAAGAGCCAGAUCAGCCAGCUGGUGCAGCGGUACGUUCCGAGCAUGACGGUGUACCGGUCGACGGGCACCGAGCUGGCCUUCAUCCUGCCCAUGGACUCGACGUACAACUUCGCCAACCUGUUCGCCGCCGUCGAGGAGGCCAUCUCCGAGGGCACCCUUGGCGUGCGCAGCUACGGCAUCUCCAUGACCACGCUCGAGGAGGUCUUCCUCAAGAUGGGCGAGGUCGAGAAGCCCGACGAGGUGCACCUGCGAGACAUUCAGGCAGACAUUGCGGCAUCAACAGUACGCCACAGCCCGCCGCCCACGAGGAAAGCGAUGGCUAUGGGAAGAAGGCCUGAGGGCGCAGAACCUUCCGGUUCCGUUUCGUCUACACCUCAGACCAACUACCAGAAGGAGAUCGAAGAGAUGGAGCUGCUCAAGGCCAACAAGGAGACCAUGCCCGUCAGCACGGUGCAGCCGAACGUGCUGCAGGCAUUCAUGGCCUUCUUCAAGGUCCGACUGCUGCUGUUCGUGCGAGCCCCGAUGCACGUGGUGCCCCUGGUGGUGUUGCCGGUGAUUAUGGUGAUGCUGAGCUACCUCUUCCUCAACAAGAACGAGGUGCCCAUCAACAGGCUGGGAGUGUUCACGCCAGACUUCUACCCGGAGGCGAAAAUCAUACGAGGCUAUACCUCGGCCAACAGAGAGAGCGAACCGGUUCGACUAUACGAGGAGGCGAUGCGCAAGCAGAUGAUGAACAUCUCUUGGAGAAACGGCAGCGUCACUCUGGACAACAUCGAGCCCAACAGCUACUACGCCUCGGUGCCCGAAAACCUUGGCGGGGACUACAAGUACACGACCCCGCUGACUCUGCUGUUCAACGACUCGCACGUGCACACGCUGCCCAUCCUCCAGUCGCUCACGUUCAACGCCCUUUACGCGUCUCUGGAGAAGGACGAGGCUGUGCUGGACGAGCGACGGCUGCGUGUCUCCUCUUACCCGUGGCCCCAGCGCGGCGUCGACAAGGUGUUCGACGCCCAGCUCUACACGUGGACCAUGAUGAUGAGCGUGGUGCUCGCGUACAUGCCCUCCCUCAUCGCCGUCGAGGUAGUCGAGGACAGGCAGAACAAGGUGAAGAACCAGCUCCGCGUGUCCGGCCUGCUCUUCAGCGGCUACUGGUUCACGGUCCUGCUGAGUCACGCGGCCUUGUACCUGCUCUCGGUGCUGCUGACGGUGCUGGCCCUGGUGGUGUUGCGGGUGCCCUUCCUCACCGAGCCCGUGGCCCUGCUCGCCAUCGUGGUCCUGUUCCUGCUCUACGUGCCGGCCUCGCUCGUCGUCUGCUACGUGCUCACGCACCUGUUCAACAAGCACGAGACCGCCAAAGGAGUGCUUCCUUUCCUCGCGCUGCUGUGCUCCAUGUUCCCAGCUGUACCAGUGACCAUCCUGGACAUGAUGGGCUCCUCCCGCAGUGCCACGGCAUUACACUACACCCUGUGUCUGUUGGUACCUUUCUACAUUCCAAAUGGCGGCCUCUACUACAUCACUAAGACGUCGGUGAUAAUCGAGACGAGGCUUUCGAAUGGGUACGAUGCGGACCGGUGGAUGUUCUUCGACUGGGACAGCAACAUCCUAGUGACGUACGUGGCGUGCCUCAUCCACACGCUGGCCUACUAUUUCCUGCUGCGCAUGGCCGACAUCGGCAAGGCCGGGGGUCGCAUGGCGGAUGCCUUCUGGAUCACGAGGCGCAUCAUCGACAUCACGCCAAACUCCGACCUGCCCGAGAAGGAGGACGCCGACGUCAAGGCCGAGAGGCAGAGGGUCUCACAGAUGGACAUCAGCCUCAUGCCAAAGCCUCCGGUGGUGUACGUGCACGAGCUUCGCAAGGUGUACGAGGAAGGGGCCCGCUGCCGUCCGCGCAACCACGUCAAGAUCGCCAUCCGGAACCUGUCCAUGGCCAUCGACAAGGGCGACAUAUUCGGCCUGCUCGGCCCCAACGGUGCCGGCAAGACAUCCACCAUGAAGGUCAUCGUGGGCGAGGAGAGCCCCUCCAGCGGAAGGGUCGCAGUGGGAGGCUUCGAGAUCACGUCGAAUCUGUGCCGGGCGUUCAAGAUGUUGGGCUACUGCCCGCAACACGACGCCCUCUGGAACAACCUCACCCUCCGCGAACACCUGCGGCUUUUCGCGGCACUCAGAGGCAUACGGUAUGACGAGAUCGAGCCCGUAACCAACUGGCUGAUGGACAAGCUGAACAUCCGCGAGCACGCGGACAAGCGUGCCAAGCAGCUGUCGGGCGGGACGAAGCGCAAGCUGAGCUACGCCAUCAGCAUGCUGGGCAAGCCGCGCAUCGUGCUGCUGGACGAGCCCUCGACCGGCAUGGAUCCGCAGUCGAAGCGCUUCCUCUGGGACACCAUCUGCUCGACGUUCCCGCAGGGCGGCGAGCGGGGCGCCCUGCUCACGACGCACUCGAUGGAGGAGGCGGACGCCCUGUGCACCAAGGUGGGCAUCAUGGUGCGAGGCGCCCUGCGAUGCCUGGGCUCCACGCAGCACCUGAAGAACAAGUACGGCGCCGGCUACACGCUUGACAUCAAGAUGCAGCGCCAGGAGGGAGCCUGGGAGAAGAACCUGGGCGACUUGAAGCAGUACGUCAAGCGGGUGUUCCCUACGGCCUCGCUGCGCGAGGGCUUCCAGGACCGGCUUACCUACGACAUCCCGCAGGCCGGCGUCACGUCGCUAGCCAACGUGUUCGUCGCCAUGGACGAAGCCAAAGCAAAGUUCUCUAUAGAAGAGUUCAGCUUUAGCCAAACAACGUUAGAACAGGUGUUCCUGGGAUUCGCCAAAGAGCAGGAGCUCGCCCAGGAAGACGACGACGGUCAGAUUCACGCCUAAAGAGUGUUUCUUCUUAGUAUGUGCGCGCACCUCCACCGUCCUUCUUUUCUCCUGUGUGUCAUCAUUGUCACAUUGACGCUGCCUAUACGCUCGGGUUCGGAUGCCUCAUCGCUGUGUUCGUAAAGAAUAAAUCAUGCGCAUGUCCAUUGCCACGACCAUUCCAC